AACACCCAUAAAAAUUCCACGAACUUUAAAUCAAAAAUUUAAAAUUUCAAGUUGCUUUCUUCCCCAAUUCCCCUUUUUCAAGACAAAGUUGUCUGGGGCCUUACGAGUUCUGACAUGGAGAAGGGUCCCCACUUUUGCAGUAGAAGUUGACGGCCAUCACGUGAUCCGUUUCUUCCUUUCCACGUUACUUUAGUUUGUCUCAAACAGCGCGCCCAUAAUUCCUGGUUUCUCUUUGAGCGUUCAAUCCUGUGCAACCCUGUGGGAUUUCUCACUUCCUACUGCCCACUACCCAGAUCUGCGCUUACCGGGAAAUGGGUAUUGUUUCCAGGAGGAUCUUCCCGGCAUGUGGGAGCAUGUGUGUGUGCUGCCCUGCUUUGAGGUCUAGAUCUCGACAACCUGUGAAACGUUACAAGAAGCUGCUUGCAGAGAUCUUCCCAAAAUCACUUGAUGGUCCUUCAAGUGAACGGAAAAUUGUAAAGUUAUGUGAAUAUGCUGCAAAAAAUCCUUUGCGAAUCCCAAAGAUUGCAAAAUAUCUUGAAGAAAGAUGCUACAAAGAACUGCGAUGUGAGCACAUCAAAUUCAUCAAUGUUGUCACAGAGGCUUACAAUAAGUUACUUUGCCUUUGUAAAGAGCAAAUGGCAUAUUUUGCUGUUAGUUUGCUGAAUGUGGUUACUGAACUUUUGGAUAACUCUAAGCAAGAUGCUGUGCAAAUCCUUGGAUGCCAAACCCUGACUAAGUUCAUUUAUUGUCAGGCCGACAGCACUUACACACACAAUAUUGAAAAUAUAGUUCAUAGAGUAUGCAUGCUAGCACAGAAGAGUGGAGAAGAACGUCAAAGGUGCUGUUUGAGGGCAGCAAGCUUGCAGUGCCUUUCAGCCAUGAUAUGGUUUAUGGCAGAAUUUUCAACCAUUUUUGUUGAUUUUGAAAAGAUUGUACAUGUUGCAUUAGACAACUAUGAGGUAGAUACACCUGGUGAAGAUGAUGAGAGAGGGGAGCCACAUCACAAUUGGGUGGAUGAAGUAGUUAGGUGUGAUGGAAGAGGUGUUGCAGGUGUUGGUAAUGAACAUAGCCCCAGCUGUGUCAUCAUCAGGCCACGGCCAGAAAAGAAAGAUCCUUCUCUUUUGACAAGAGAAGAGAUUGAGACGCCAAAAAUAUGGGCACAAAUUUGUCUCCAACGAAUGGCUGAACUUGCUAAGGAAAGUACAACAUUGCGUCGGGUAUUAGAUCCAAUGUUUGUCUACUUUGAUACUGGCAAGCACUGGGUUUCACGGCAGGGAUUGGCCAUGAUGGUCUUGUCUGACAUGUCAUAUUUUGUGGAAGCAACAGGUAAUCAGCAAUUGAUCCUCUCUUCCGUAAUACGCCAUUUGGACCACAAAAAUGUUGCACAUGAUCCCCAAGUUAAAUCUUAUGUCGUCCAAGUAGCUGCUGCUCUGGCUCGGCAAAUUAGGUCAGGGGUGGUUCUGGCAGAAAUUGGCUUUGUUAGUGACCUGUGCAGGCACUUGAGAAAGAGUCUUCAAGCCACAGUUGAAUCAGUUGGAGAGCAAGAGUUAAGCUUGAAUGUUUCACUUCAAAAUUCCAUUGAUGAUUGCUUGCUAGAAAUUGCCAAAGGGAUAGGUGAUCCACGGCCUCUAUUUGACUUGAUGGCAGUGACACUGGAAAAGCUGCCAUCUGUUGGAAUAGUUUCCAGGGCAACCAUUGGUUCGUUGAUGGUUCUUGCCCAUACAAUUUCAUUAGCAUCAAUCUCUCCACAUUCACAGCAGAUGUUUCCUGAGGCACUACUUGUUCAACUGUUGAAAGUUAUGUUGCACCCGGAUCUUGAGACACGUGUUGGAGCACAUCAGCUAUUUUCUGCUCUCCUUAUUCCAGUUCCUAACUAUCCCAGACAUGAAGUUGCUUCGAUGCGGUCUGGUUAUCUUUAUGAACCUAGAAGAUGGCGCUCCGCUACUGCAUCUGCAUUUGCUUCGAUUUCGGCUCUGCUUGAAAAGCUCCGCAGAGAAAAGGAUGGCAACAAACUUGAGAAGCUUGGGAAUGCUAUUCAAGAUGAAUGUAAGGAAAGGGACAUUGGUGAAGAAGAAUUGAAGCAGGGACGGGCCCACAAGAAUUCCUCUAAUUUUUACAAAAUAAGUUCUUUCAUUGACAGGAGAACCUGCUUUGCUGAUGCAGAACCAUAUAUUUUGAAAUUUAGUGAGGAUCAAAUUGCACAAUUGCUGUCUGGCCUUUGGAUACAAGCUAUUCUUCCUGAUAAUUUACCUUCAAACUUUGAAGCCAUUGGUCACUCUUUCACCUUAACCCUUAUUUCUUCACGAUUCAAGAAUCCUAAUGACAACCUGGUGGUCUGCUUCUUUCAGCUUCCCUUGUCUCUCAAGAAUAUGGCCUUGGAUCUAAACAAUGGAAUGUUGCCUCCAGCACGGCAGAGAUCACUUCUUGUGCUAUCAAUUGGCAUGUUGACGUUUGCAGCAAAGAUAUAUCAAAUUCCCAAUCUAAAUGAUCUGCUCAAGUCAUUAGUUCCAUAUGAUGUUGAUCCUUAUAUGGGCAUCAGUGAUGACCUUCAACUUUAUUUGAAGGCCCAAAUGGACGUGAAACAGUAUGGAUCUUUUACAGAUAACCAAUUGGCUACAUCCUUGCUCUUUCAGUUACGUAACAAGAUAUACGAAUCUAAUGGAGUCAUACUAGACAUAUUAUCGAAGAAUCUUUCUAGCAUUACUGAGCUGGGGGUUGAUGAUCUGGCUAAGCAACUGUCAGAAGUAUUCACACCUGACGAAGCAUUUAUGUUUGGUCGACAUUCAGUACUGGAUUCAGACCUUGUUCAAAUGGUUUCCCAGUUCAAGCAAUCUCUUUCAUUUGAUGGGGACAUUCCUACAAAUUCAGUGGGGGAAGAUGAUACCAAAAGUGAUUCAUCUAUUGCUGAUGUUUCACACUUCAUUCCCAGAAUGCCAACAACCCCUUCCAUGUCCCAGAUGGUCAGCAUUGGACAACUUAUGGAAUCGGCACUUGAGGUAGCUGGUCAGGUGGCUGGAUCAUCUGUCUCAACCUCACCCCUUCCAUACAGAACCAUGGCUAACCAUUGUGAAGCCCUUGGCACAGUAACAAAAAAGAAGCUCUCUAGUUGGUUGACCCAUGAAACCCAUUACUCUAGGGUAACCGAUAAACCGUUUCCAGCUCUGACUGCAGUGCUUCCUGCAGAUGUGCUUCCUGCAGAUGUGCAAUCAGCCAUGAAGAAGAGAACAAGUGAUGGGGAGGCUGUGCGGGGAGAGGCACGGCAGCUGGAACCAUGGUUGGCCAUGAGGCUUCCUCCGGCCAGCCCAUUCGACAACUUCCUCAGAGCAGCUCGGUAUUGAAAAGAGAGAGAAGGAAAUUGCAUGCACUCUUUUCUGUUGUCCUGUUUCAUCUGUAACUUGUAAAGUCAUUGGCACUGGUAGGUCUCUUUGAUCCUUUGUGUUUGUAGUCGGUGAUCAUCAGUAGAGUGCUUAGAAGCCAGCUUAGUUGCAAGAAUGUAUGUACCAUUGGAUCCUCCAUGUACUUGAGCUAAUAUGGCAUUCACAUCACUGUGUUCAGUCUCUAGUCUCUUGCCUCUCUGCCUCAUCCCCACCCAGAAACUGAAAUCCUUAUGGUGCAUGGUUGGAUCUUGCUGUAUAUUAGUUUAUUGGUUUUUCAGUUAUAAAUUCUGUAAAAUAGUGUUUGGUAAUGGACUAAACUAGGUAAUAAUAUGGUGUAUAAAGGUACAUAUUUUCAGAGCAUUGAA